AUGGGUGGAGUUGAAUUUGAAGGAACUAUUGAUCCCACGGUAGCUGAACAAUGCCUCGAGUGCAUGAAGAAGGUCUUUGAACAACUAGAGUGUACUAAUGUUGCUAAAUAUAAGUAUGCUAUCUCUCUUUUACAAAAAGAUGCCUGUGAUUGGUGGGUAAGUGUGCCCAAUGCAAAAGAAAAACCUUCAGUGCUUACUUGGGAUGACUUUGUGAAAACAUUUCGUGCAAAAUAUGUCACCCCUGUCUAUUGUGAUGCUAAGAAAAAAGUGUUUCUAAAUUUAAGACAAAGGAGUAUGCCUCUUGCAGAGUAUCAACAAAAGUUUCUCAGGCUUUCUCGCUAUGGUGGAGGUAUUAAUGAUGAUGAAAGAGACAAGUGCAGAAGAUUUGAAAAAGGUUUGAAUGGUUCUAUCCAAAAUAUUGUGGCAAUCUUACAACUUGAGGGUUUUUCCAAGCUAGUUUCAGUUGCUCUUACUUGGGAAAGAAUUGACAAGGAAGAAGCUACUAGGAGAGAAAAUAAGUUUAGGAAGGGUAAUUCAGAUUAUGGUGGUCCAUCCAAGAACGGAAAGUUUGAAUAUUCCAAGACUGAAAGUGCACAUAAGUCAUCAUAUUAUAAGCAAAAUAAGCCAAAUUUCUCUACUGCUAGUACUCCAAGUUAUGGCCAAGGCAAAACUUAUAUACCUACUUGUGCACAGUGUGGGAAGAAUCACUAUGGUGCUUGUAGAAGAGCUUUUGGUGCUUGUUUUAAUUAUGGAAGCCUGGAUCAUAAAGUGAAGGAUUGUCCUAAUCCUAAUCCUCUUUCUUCUACACAUAUAGAGAGCUCAAUUAAAAAGCCUAUCACUACUCAUUAUCAAGCUAAUAGAGGUGCAAGACCUAAAAAUAUGCAAGCAGCAGGUUUGAGUGAAGCUAAUCAGAAGAAUGACCAAGAUGGCUCGGAUGUGGUUGUUGGUAAAUUUCACUUAUUUGGCAUAAAUGUUGUUGCAUUAUUUGAUCCUGGAUCUUCACACUCUUAUGUUUGCUCGUCACUUGCAUUUCCUGAUACUGUUAAAUUUAUGAGACUUGACUUUGAUGUGCUUGUCACGAGUACAUUAGGUUAUCAGGCUGUUGUUAACAGGAUUUAUCGAGAUUGUCCAUUCAUGAUUCAAAAUCUAGUCUUUCCUGCAGACUUGCUUGAAAUGCCCUUACAAGACUAUGAUGUUAUUGUUGGUAUGGAUUGGCUCCAUAGGCACCAUGAAUCGGUUGAUUGUAGGUUGAAGCAAGUGACUUUUAGAACUUCUGCAUCUUCACACAUAGUAUUUCAAAGAGAAAGAUCAUUGGCAUCUAAUAUUAUUUCUGCGGUCUUGGCAAGGAAGUUGAUUCGUCAAGGUUGUGAUGUUUAUCUUGCUCAUAUAGUCGAUACAUGA